AUGGCUGUCUUCCAUUCGGUUGUGACCGACCAAGGAUAUCGGAGAAGACAACCGGUAUGGUUCGCCUCCCCUGAAAAACAAGUACACCAGGCUAACUUGGGGCCCCGGCUGCGAAACGCCACAAUGGAUACCGCGCGGCCUGGUAGCUCUAGCCUGGCCUGCGACACAGUCCUGCUUGAGCCUUCGGCAAACAUGGAAUACAUGGAAUUUUGA